AUGGAGGGUCGCCCCAGCAGCUCUGAGCUCCACCAUCUCACCGCCCUGCUCCUCCUCAUGCCGCUGCUGCUCACUGCGGGGUCCGCAGAUGAGCCUCGGCUGAGGCCACGCAGCCCAGAGGAGUUCGCGGUCCUGGGCCCCGCGGAGCCCCUGGUGGCCGUGCUGGGCGGGGACGUGGAGCUGCCCUGCCGCACCGCCCCGGCCAGGAGCGCGGAGAACAUGCAGCUGCGCUGGUUCCGCUCCAAGUUCUCCGAGGCCGUGCUCAUCUACGAGGACCGCGGGGAGCAGCCCGAGGAGCUGAUGGCCCAGUACGCAGGGCGGACCUCGCUGGUGACGGAGCUCCUGGGCCAGGGGCAGGCUGCCGUGCUCAUCCGCGACGUCCAGGCCUCCGACGACGGGCCCUACUCCUGCUUCUUCAGGGAGGGGGAAUUCUAUGAAGAGGCCAGCUUGGAGCUGAAGGUGGCAGGUGUGGGCUCUGCCCCACGAGUGCGCAUCACAGGGCCGGAGGAGGACGGGGUCCGCGUGGAGUGCGCGGCCUCUGGGUGGUUCCCGAAGCCCCAGGUGCACUGGCGAGGCGGUGGCGGAGCGCAGUUCCGGGCGUUCUCCGAGGCCCACGCCCAGGACGCCCGCGGGCUGUUCAGCGUGGAGGCCGCACUGGUGGUGAGAGACCGCUCUGUGGGCAACGUGACCUGCUCCUUGCACAACCCCAUCCUGGGCCAGGAGAAGGCUGUGGCCAUUUUCAUCCCAGAGCCCUUCUUCCCCAAGGCCCCGCUCUGGAAGCUGGCUUUCUGGGUGAGCCUGGCCGCGCUGGGGCUCCUGCUCCUGGGGGCUGGCUACUGCGCCCACAGAGAACAUUCCACGAGACUGCGGGCGCGCAGUGACCGGGAGACUCUGCUCCGGGCUAAGGAGGAAGACCGGCGGGCAAAGGAGGCGGCGCUGACGGCCACAGAUGAACUGCAGGCCCAGCUCGACUGGAGGAGGAGCGUGUACCUGGCUGCCUGGAGGAAGGCCCAGCUGUAUGCAGAUUGGCGGCAGGAGAAGUUCCAGGCCUGCGAGUGAGUGUGUUUUUUCUGGGUGCGCCUCCUGCUGCCCCACGACUUCUGGCCUCUCCUUCAGUUCUGUGGUGGGACAGAUAGUGGCCCCAGCAGUGGUGGCGGGCUGGGUGGCGAAGGUGAUAGCACAGAGCUGGGGCUGGGGCGUGGCUGGUAUUGGGUGCUGAAUAGAUAUCCCUCACCCAUCGAGUCCAGGCUGGGCCUCAAGGGCCCUGAGACAUAACCAACCCCGAAUAGGUCCUGUGAUUCCUUCUCCUGCUUGGAGGGCCAUGGGGUUGCGUCACAAGGCGCUCGGCUCAGGAGGCUGC